GAAAAAAGAUUCUUUAAUGGCCACUUUCCGGGGUCACUUAAGAAGGAACAAGGCGUCCAUUAGGAGCGGUGCUGGGGGCGAUUAUAUAUACAAGCCUAUAUGGUUUGCAUACAGCUUAUGGAAACUUUUCUUGGUCAAAUAUAUGACUGCCACCCUACCAUAAACAGUCAAGACACGAUUUCUCUUGAUAACGAAACCCUCGAGCCCACAUCUCAAGAAUCAGAAUCAGAAAUCAAUGAAG